AUGACCGCCGUCACUGAGCGCAACCGAUUCACAGAAAUCGUCUUCGCGGCGCUGCUGCUUUCCGCGUCGCUCCGCAUCUGGCUCGAUCUGCGCGUCCACGCGCCGCGGCCCGCCGACCUCCCCUGCCGGAAUGACGACUCGCUUCAGCCGGCCGACCAAUCGGCGUCAUCCGCGUCAGCAUACAUCAACGACAGCGUCGUAGCGCUGCCGGGCCGCGCGUGGCGGUUGCCAGCGGGGGUGGCGCGGGCGUACGGCGGGCUGGGCGACGGCAAGGUGGACCCGGCGCGGUUCCGCCUGCACGUGAAGGUACUCGUCUUCGACCGCCCCGCGUACGCGCUCCGCUGCCUGCGCGCGCUGGCGGCGGCGCUGUACGACGCGGAGCCCGUCCAUCUGGACGUCUUCGUCGACCACCCCUUCGCGCUGCGCGCCGACGCCGCGCCUUGGUCGCCGCGCGCCGCAAGACGCGUGGCGGCCUCCCAUUCCCUAAUGGCGCAGAUCGACGCGUUCGCGUGGCCGCACGGGCCGAAGCGCGUGAUGUACCGAUCGCAGAGCGCGGGCGUGCAGGGCCAGUGGGUGGAGGCGUGGUGGCCGGAGAGCCUCGCUGACGUGGCGCUGAUGGUGGAGGACCACGUGGUGGUGUCCCCGCUGUACUACCGCUACCUGAAGCGCCUCCUGGCGCGCUACUACUUCCGCCGCGCGGACUUCGACCCGCACGUGCUGGGCGUGUCGCUGCAGCGCCAGUCCUUCGUGCCCGGGCUGGGCGCCGACCCGCUCCCCCCGCUGGCGCAAGGCGCGCCGUUCCUGUACGCCGUGACGGGCACGUGGGGGCAGGCGCUGCUGCCGGGGCCGUGGCGGCAGUUCCGCCUGUGGCUGGACGAGCGGCGGUACAACGGCAGCAGACAGCCCCUUGUGGGCGGGCUCAAGACCACCCAGUGGUUCCGUGACAAGGGCAACAGGAGGUGGUCGCCGUGGGCCAUCAAGUGGGCGCACAGCAGCGCCAUGCUCUCACUCUACCCGCCCCUCCCCGCCAACCUCUCCCUCGCCUUCCCCCUCAAGCGCGCCGCGCCCCCCUCUGACGCCCCCCUCGUGCCACUGCUCCCGGGGAUGGCCACACCUGGGGGGAGGGCUGCUGGUGGGGGCGCGGGUGGGGGGAGCGGGGGCAGUGGGGGAGGGGGCGGGGAGGGGGGAGUGGAGGGCGCGGUGAGGGCGUGGAUGGAGGGGCCGCUGCCGGGCAUGGCGCGGGUGAGGCGCUUCGACCUGUGUGCUCGCGAGCUGCCGCACCUCCCCGUGGGGCACUCCCUGCCCGACCUGCACUCCCUCCUCUCCGCCGUCGCCCAGGACAAGCGGGUAUCGCUGGUGGUGGUGCCGAGGGGCGGCAGGGACGAGGUCAACAACUGGCUCUGCCACCUGGACGGCAGCGGACUGCGCUCAUUCGUCCUCAUCGUCCCCCACGCCAGCCUGGCAGCUGAGCUGUCCGCACGAGGUUUCGCUGCCUUCCACCUGCCGCCACUCAGCAGACGCCAGGUGGCGCAGGGACUAGGGCAGCUGGCAGCAAGGGGAGGGGUGAAAGCAGUGAGGGAGAAGGAGGGGUUAGAGGAGGAGGAGGGUGAGGAGGUGGAUACUGGCGGGCAAGUGGAGGGGGAGGGCGAAUUGGAGGAGCAGGAGGGUGAGGAGGAAGGGGGGGAGGGAGGGGGAGCGCGCAGCAGGUGGACGGCGAGGCACAUAGAGGUGGUGGUGGCAGCGCUGUCGCAGGGCUUUGAUGUGUCUCUUAGCAACGUGGAUGCCGUGUGGAGAGGCGACCCCAUGGCCACUGAGGCCCUCGGGCUCAUCCCUGCUGACGUGGACAUGUGGGGCCACCUUGACACUGCUGACGUGGCAUCCAGCUUCUUUGUGAUUCGUUCCCGUGCCGCUACAGUCUCGGCGUGGGGCCAGCUGGCUAAGCUGUGUGCGCAGGCGCCCAAGGGGGGAAGCAAGGGGGACUUGGACAAGGCGGAGGUGGGGUGUGGGGAGCCAGGGAGUGGCGUGCAGCAGAAGCAGAUGCGGGUGCUGCUGACUCAGGCAAUGCAUUUCAGGGAGGUGGAUUCGAUACCCUUUGGACGCGAUGGCGCAGUGCGUGUGCCCAAGGGAACGUUGCUGCCUGCUCUACUGCCACCUCAAUUCGCAACAAAAGGGAAGAAAAUCAGAACCAUCCAUUCCGCAGGCCCGGCCUUCAAGCGCCCGUGGCAUCGACCGCCGCCAUCGCCGCGCGGAGUGAAGGCGCUGCGAGUCCGCGCCGCGCUGAGCCUCGAUGCCGCGCGAAACACCGCGGCGGUCGACCCCUUCUCGUUGCUCUCUGCCGUUCCGCCGCUCCGCGCGCCGUCUCUGGAGGAGGGCGCAAUGUGCAUGACGAUGGGGGAGAGCCUCGCCGUCGCGGUCGAGGCGGCAGGCGGAACCCGCCGGGCGGAAGAAGGAUAUCCGGGCGCGGCUUGCGCUGCUGACGACGCGCCACUGACGCCCAGCCGCCUGGCGUCCCGGCUAGGCGUGCUCUUCUUAUCGGCCGCCGCGGCAGCAGCGGCGGGAACUAGCAUGCCCGCGCAGGCCGUGCAGGCGGAAGCAGUGCGGGCGGAAGCCGUUCAGGCGGAAACAGCUUGGGCGGAGGCAGUGCAGGCGGAGGCAGCAGCGACAGCAGUGACGGCUCCCGAGGCAGAACGCCAGAGCGCAGAAGUGGCGUGGCAGCUGCCGCCUGUAGCGGUGGUUGCUGCUACAGCUGUGCCGGCUGUCGGUCCAGGUGGCGGCAGUCGUAGUCCACGUAAGCAGACAGCUCAGCAGCACGUGGCCGCGCUGGAGGGGCGCAUGCAGCGGAUGAUGGCGUGGGUGCGCCAGGGCAGGCGGGGGCGGGCGGAAGAAACGGGGGAAGCGGGGCGCGAGGGGCAAUCAACGGCUGCGCAGCAGGCCGAGCUGCGGCGGCGAGUGGCGGGGGUGGUGGAGGGGCGCAGGGCCACUAGGCGCAAGCAGCGUGGGGGAGGUGGGGAUGGCUCAGGGGGGCGAGGAGCCGUGGGCUUGGAGGAGGAGGGCAGUGGAGUGGGAGGAGCGCGGUUGAGAGCGAUGGGAGGAGAGGGAGUGCGGUUAAGCGACGGUCCGGAGUGGCUGAAGGGGGUGGCAGAGCAGUACGGCAUGGCGCUGCCGGCAGCUGUGGGGGCCACCAGGGGUGGAGCAACCACGGCCGCAGCUGCCGAUCCAGCAGCAGCGGCGGCAGCAGCGGUGGUGGCGGGGAGGGUGCUGGCGGCGCUGAGGCAGGCGGAGCAGUCCACUCGCGCUGCACCAGCACACCCCGCCACAGCACCCGCCUCCACGCCCCCGCGCGCGGCAGCAGCCCCUGAGAGCAGGGCGCAGGCGCUGCAGGCGGCGCUAUCGCCCCUGGAACAGAAGCUGGUGGCCGCCACCUUGGUGUGCCUCAUGCAUCAUGCCCCUCGUCCCUCGUCCCUCUCAUACGGCGUGCCCCUCGCCCGUCUCCUCUGUGUCUAUGUGUCUCUAUGUGUGUGCGUGGUGCAUGAUGGCGGUGGAGCGCAGGAGGAGGCGGAGGCGGCUUGGCAGCGGUACGAGGCGGCGGUGCAGUGGACGGAGGGGCGCCUCUCAGCGCUCGCCACGCUCGCCCUCACCACCGCCACCCACCCGCCCUCAUCCUCCCUCGCCGCCUCCCGCACCCACCUGCUCUCCUCCCUCGCCUUCGCCCAGAAGCGAGCAGCUGAGGAGGAGCAGCGGGUCACCCAGCUGCGCCAGCAGCUCAGCAACAGCCGCACGCUCUCACAACCCUCCUCUUCCUCUUCCGCAUCCUCAUCCUCCUCACCCCUCUCCACCGCACUGCCUCCUUUCCAAUCUACCAUAGCGCAACCUGCGCCCCCAUCGCUCCUGGCCACACCGUCAUCGACACCAGCGCUCCCCUCCUCGUCGCUCGCGCCCCAACUACCGGUGCCGCGCUCGCUGUCGCAGCCGUCACGGGCGCUCUCCCACGCUUCAUGGUGCCCCACUGAGGCUGCUCACACCACUCAGCCCUUGGCCCAUGACAGCACGAGCCUCGCCAGCACGCAUGCUGCCCUGAGCAUUCUCCAGCAGGUGCGCUUUGUUGCACUCCCUCACGCAUCAGAUGCCUCUGUCCAUCUCAUUGUACCUGCCCAUACCUCACAGCACCGUGCUCAUGCCAUGCUCUCUGCUCAUUUCCUCCCUUUCCUUCCCCAGGCGCCAGUGCUGGUGGAGGGAGCAGGGGGGGGCGAGUGGGCGAGGGAGUUUGUGGCGGAGUCGGUGGCCAGGGAGCUCAGCAAGCGCCGCACCGCCCAUGGCCAUGCCACGUGA